AUGGUGCCCCUGCCCGGCGCAAUCUUGGCUCCAUUCGACUCUUUCCACUCCCAUUGACACCCCAAAUGGCAUACCCCGGCUUGUUCCAUUGCUCUAGCCUCUUGCUCCAUUUGCUCCAUUUGCUCCAGGGCUCCAGUGCCUCCAUUUGCCUCCUCCUUCCCCCCCCAGAGUGCAGGCAGGUCCAAGAGGGUCCUCAAAAGAUAGGUACGUAUCCCUCUCUCUGCAGUAGCGCGGGGUACGUACCGGCACGUAUUCUGGUGUUCCCUGCGCGAUGCACAUCCACAAUCUCGUCUAGCUCGUCCAUCCCAUGUCUGUCACUCACCAAUUUGCCCUUUCUCACUCUCGUCCCUCGCUCUCGUGGCUCUGUGGCUCUUUCACAGUCUAUCUGCUCUUUCUCUGUGUGUCUUGGGGUUGUCUCGCACACACCCGUCGGCCACUAACCAUGUACUUUGUAUCUGUAUCUGUAGAUGGCAAGGAUGGAGACCUUGCACCUGCUCUUCUGUACGGAGUAUUCGUACACACACCCCACUACUCCUCUUCCUUCUUCUCAAAAUACACUCCCCCCAGUCUGCCUCUCUCUCUAUCCCCUACUCACUGCGUCUCUGGCUGAACCAGGUCCAGAAUCCACA